UGGUCACAAUCGUUACAAAAAAGAUAUUCAAAAUGCAUUUCUAUCGUCUUUGCGUCAAAACUUUGCCGAAAACACAAUGAAUGAUAUUUUAGCCGUCUUUUCAAUGACUACAUCCGAAGAUGAGAACAAUUAUACCGUUGUUCUCAACUAUAAGAUGCCGUCUACUCUUCAACACAUCAUAUCAGACGACAGUAUAGACAAAUACAACAAAAUAAUGAAUUUUCUGCUAACGCUUUAUAUGUCACGAAUCCGUUUGAAUCAAAUUUGGUUCAAACCAAUGAAAUGCAAAGAGAAUGCAAUUAAAGGGUCG